CUGCACCACCACUUGGUCAAACACGGCGUGGGCGUGCGGGCUUCACGCGCUCAACCCGGCCAAAGCGAAGCUAGGAAGGAAGGAGAGGUCGACGGCAAGAUGGCCGAUCUUGCACUGGGCAGCGUCGAGAAGGUUUUCAAAGCCGGGGUGGCGAUCAAGGAGGCGGUGGCGACGGCUCGCCGGAACAAGAAGGAGUGCCGAGACAUCGAGAGGUGCGUGUCCAGAGUCGGCGCUCUCCUGUCGUUGCUCGACGAGACGACAGAGUUGAUGAAGCACCCGGCGAUGAGCGGCCCACUGGAGGAUCUGGCGGAGAGCCUCGAAGAGGCCCUUGAGCUCAUCACGGACUGCCAGGAGAGGAGCGUCGUGCGCCGUUUCUUGUUGGCCGGGGACGUGGCCAAGCAGCUGCGUCGGGUGCAGGACGAUAUACUACGGAAACUGACGCUGGGGAACUUCGCCACCAAUGUGCAGAUCACCAUUACUUUGACGAAUACUAUUCGAUAUGGCGGUGCUCAUCCACAGCCGCAGGAUGCAGGAGAGGUGGAGAUCUCAUAUAGCAGUCAUUUAACUACUGAUGAUGCUAGGUCUGAAGUUAACAGUGAGAUAACAAUGGUAGCAACAGGAAGCGAGGUGCCCUAUGCUCCCUCAGCAAGGUUAACUGAGUUUAGGUCUGAGUUGGAGGUCACUACGCAUCACUCUUCAGAGGAAAACAUCACUGGAGGAGAUGGCCGUCCUUUCGUCUACAAGCAAAAAAUCGUGAUCAGGUUGCAGAUGGCGUGUGGCAAGUGCCGGUCCAAGGUGUUGGCGCUGGUGGCGGCCACGGGCUGGGUCGUCUCGGUGGCGCUCGCCGGCGACGCCAGGGACCAGGUCGUCGUCAUCGGCGAUGGCUUGGACUCCAUCAAGCUCACCAGCGCGCUGCGUAAGAAGGUGGGCCCCGCGCAGCUGAUGCAGGUCGGCGAAGAUAAGGAGGACGACAAGAAUCCCGCCGCCGCUGUCACCGUGCCCGAGUACCAGUGGUACUACAAGUACCUGCCGUCGCAGCUACUCCGACCACUAUCAGCGCUUAAAUAUACUAUCUUCGGUUUGCUGCUGUUUGUUUUCUUAAUGGAAAUGCUUCUUUUAUUUUGAUAUCUGUCAUCUGUAUCUCUGGUACAAGUUCUUAUCGUACUAAAGUCAAUACUUUUAUCAAUUGUUAUCUGUUUCCUUUCUGGCUCCUG